AAGUGCCCCUUCCUACACCACCACGAAUGGUGAGAGGAGUCUGUGAAAACUCCGAUUCUUUCUCACUCUGAUUCUCAAAAAUCACGUAGAUGCAAAUGCUGAGACUUGCAGCGAUUAGACUUGCUUCUUCAUCUUCUUCUUCUUUAUCUUUAUCAUGGCGUCCGAAUCGCACUGCAAAAUUGACAAUGUUUUCCGGCGACAGUAACUACGACGACCCUUCUCUGAAUUCCACUCGAAAAUCCCCAUUUUCUCCAUCAGAGUUUCCUCAUUCAAAUACAGAUCAUCAAACACUCUUCCAUGUUCUUGAAGCAUGCAAACUCUCUUCUAACGUGAGAGCUGCAGCUGAAACCCACUCUAGAAUUAUUAAACUUGGUUACGGAACCUACCAAUCUCUCAUAUCAUCUCUUACAUCAAUAUAUGCAUCUUGUGGUUGCCCCAAUCUUGCUCAUAAGCUUUGCAAUGAAAUUCCCUGUUGGGAUUUUGAUCUGAUCUCUGCCAAUUUGAUUAUUGUGACUUUUAUGAAGAUAGGAGCAAUUGAUAUUGCCAAGAAGGUAUUUCACAACAUGCCCACCCGUGAUGUAGUCUCAUGGAACUCAAUGAUUGGAGGUUGUGUAAAAAAUGCAUGCUUUGAGGAGGCUUUAAGGAUCUUCCAGGAGAUGUUGAGCUUAAAUGUUGAGCCAGAUGGUUUUACAUUUGCAUCUGUUAUUACCGGUUGUGCGCGACUAGGAGCUCGUGAUCAUGCUAAAUGGACACAUGGUUUAAUGAUUGAGAAGAAAAUUGCACUAAAUUACAUUUUGGGUUCUGCACUUAUAGACAUGUACUCAAAAUGUGGAAAAAUUGAAACUGCAAAAGAAAUAUUUGAAACUAUUCGAAGAGAUGAUGUAUCUGUUUGGAAUGCACUGAUUAAUGGGCUAGCAGUUCAUGGGCUUGCUUUAGAUGCAAUUGCAAUAUUCUCUCGUAUGGUGGUGGAAAAUGUUUCACCUGAUUCUAUAACUUUUGUUGGAAUUCUUACAGCAUGUAGCCAUUGUGGGUUGGUUGAACAGGGUCACAAGUACUUCGAUUCAAUGACAUGUUACUCAAUUCAGCCACAACUUGAGCAUUACGGAGCAAUGGUUGAUCUCUUGGGUCGAGCUGGGCACCUAGAUGAAGCUUAUUCAAUCAUUAAAGAAAUGCCAAUGGAGCCUGAUAUUGUAAUAUGGAGGGCACUUCUCAGUGCUUGUAGAACUCAGAGAAAUUCUGAUUUGGGUGAAGUUGCUAUUAAGAAAAUUAAACAACUCGGCAGUGGGGAUUAUGUUUUGCUAUCAAAUAUUUAUUGUUCUGUAAACAAAUGGGAUAGUGCCGAGAGAGUGAGAGAUACUAUGAAAAAGAAUGGAAUUCGUAAAUAUAGAGGAAAGAGUUGGAUAGAGAUGGCAGGUGCCAUUCAUCAAUUUAAAGCUGGUGAUGUAUCACACUUGGAAAGGGAAGCAAUAUACAAGGUGUUGGAAGGAUUGAUUCGACGGGCCAAAAUGGAGGGAUUUUCUCCUGCAAUAGAGUUAGUAUUGAUGGAUGUAUCUGAUGAGGAAAAGGAGGAAAAUCUGAAUUAUCACAGUGAGAAAUUGGCAUUGGCAUAUGGGAUCUUAAAAACUAGCCCUGGAAUGGAGAUCCAGAUUACCAAAAACCUCCGGACUUGUCUUGACUGUCAUUAUUGGAUGAAAGUGGUUUCAAGGAUACUAAACAGGGUUAUAAUUGUGAGGGACCGUAUCCGUUUUCAUCGGUUUGAUGGUGGUGUGUGUACUUGUGGAGAUUAUUGGUAGUAGACUUUAAGGUACUUUGGCAAACCAAAAAAUAAAGUCAAAGUUCCUUGAAGUUUGCAAACUAGAGUGCAUCUGCUAAGGCUAUGCAUCUGCAUAAGCAUAGUAGUGCAAAGCCAAUCUUUUUGGCUUGAUUGGACUUUAAGCGUGUUCCAUUUAUGCCAAUGCUGCUCGAACCAGAUGGAACCACACAAUGUGAUCCAAACAACCACAAGGUGUUCUAAUAAUUGUGCUUUGCAUGGUCAUAAAGCUAAGCAUUUUCUUAGUCUUUCUAAACUCAUUGCUCAUGCUAUUGUGUUUCUGGUGUUGUUUCCUAAUUUUGGAGGAGAUAUAAGCUUUGAAAUUUCUAUCUUGGCUCAUAGUAUGUUUAACAUAGUUUAGCCAUGCUACUAGAAAUAUCUGGUAAAUUUCCAAUACUGAGUAUGAUUUAGUUUGACUGUCGGUUAUGCAUCAUUUGAAUCUACCUUGGAGUUACAUAAUUUCUGUUAAAAGGGCAUAUACCAAAGUUUUCUUCUCCACUUAGAAAGUUUUGUUGAUGCUUGAAAUGUUAUUAUGGGUUUAGUCUUGAUAAAAUUCUACACAUCUUUAGGCCGUGGUUUUGGAUCAUAAAUAUGGUUAGGGAUUUGGAGAGAUAAAGGAAAAUGUGAAUGAAAUAAGCUAAAUUUUUUCCCUAUUUCUCUUGCCUUUUUCUUAGCCUUUCCAAACCCAUACCCAAAUCCAUGACCUAAACACAACCAAGUAUUUUUUUUGAGUUUCCUUUCUCUCUAACUCGCUCUGUUGCUUUCUUUUGUCCUCAAUUUGCUCGUUUUCACCAGCAUUCCAGCUUAGUUAAACUUGUUUGAUGUAUAAUCCCAAGCUUAGAAAUAAUGAUUCUUAAUUUUAUCCUGCUCUGCCUUUCAAAACUUAUCUUAGAUCUGAACCUUCCUGCAUCAAAGGUUAAUUAAAUUAGCUUUAUACACUCUUCAUGAAUGAUCAUGGACCAAUUAGCAUCUGAAGGUCAUUGUGUUUGACCAACAAGCCACACUAGUGUGUACAAAUGGUUGUUCAUUAUUAUUCAGACACAGCCUCAAAUGCAAUGCUAAUUUUUCUUCUUAAAUAUUCUUUUCAGUCAGGACAGUAUAUGUAGUACUACUAUGUUAUUCUUGAUGUUAUUUUCAGGUCAUAUAUAGCAGGUUUUCUGAUUAUUGUUGAUUGAUGUUGAAGGUUAUGGUUCUAAAUCACAUGCUCUGGGACGCAAUGGCUGUAGUGUUGGACCUCUCAGCAAGUGGUGCAAAGAAACACGAAUAUUUAUCCUCCUCUUAAUUACAACAAUUCUUCUUUGUUAUACCAUUGAACAAUUAAAUAGAUACUACAUUGUUCGUUUAACACAGUAGAUAAUUCCUUCUUGGAAACUCAAAAACAGACUCAUCAAGGUUUUUGUACAACACAAGACAGGUCAAACAAAUCAUGACCUUCGAAAUGCAACAUAGCAACUACUUACCGCUAGUGCAUGAUUGGUUCUGUGAAGACUAAUUUAUUCCAUUAAAUAUUGCUAAUUAGCUGUCUUGGAUAGGAGCCAAUGGCAGUUUGCCUCCAUAAAUCUCCGGAAUCUGGCUCUCAUCAAUGUCUUGUAGCAGAGUCGACUUCAGUUUCUUGUUCUCCACAAACACGAUCUAUGACAGAAUGGGACACAGAAUGAUUAGUUUACCAUAUUGUGAUACAAUUCAAUUGUGCACUUGAGCAUAAUACAUGACAUUUGACUGUGGUUAGCUUGCUUGUAAAAUAGAGAGUUCAGACUUUUUUUUACCUUCUUCUUAGUAUUGUCAUCGAUAAAUGGAUAUACAAUCUUCCACACUGCCAUAAAUAUGUAAGGCGCAUGAACGAUAAAUAAC